CGCGUCGAGCCGCGCGCACGGGACGGCGGUGUCCGGCAGAGCGGCCCGAGCCCUGCCCGCGGGAGGAGCGCACCGGGUUGGCGCGGCGGGUUAGCCAUCCGAAGCGAUGGGCGACUGGAGCUUCCUGGGGAGACUCCUAGAGAACGCCCAGGAGCACUCCACCGUGGUCGGCAAGGUCUGGCUGACCGUGCUGUUCAUCUUCAGGAUCCUGGUGCUGGGGGCCGCGGCCGAGGAGGUGUGGGGGGACGAGCAGUCGGACUUCACGUGCAACACGCAGCAGCCGGGCUGCGAGAACGUGUGCUACGACCGCGCCUUCCCCAUCUCGCACGUGCGCUUCUGGGUGCUGCAGAUCAUCUUCGUGUCCACGCCCACCCUCAUCUACCUGGGCCACGUGCUGCACCUGGUGCGCAUGGAGGAGAAGAGGAAGGAGCGGGAGGAAGAGCGGCUGAAGGCCGACGGCCCGCCCCUCGGGCAGGACAGGCCCCCGGUGCGCGACGACCGGGGCAAGGUCCGCCUGGCCGGCGCCCUGCUCCGCACCUACGUCUUCAACAUCAUCUUCAAGACGCUGUUCGAGGUGGGCUUCAUCGCCGGGCAGUACUUCCUGUACGGCUUCCAGCUGAAGCCGCUGUACCGCUGUGACCGGUGGCCCUGCCCGAACACGGUGGACUGCUUCAUCUCGCGGCCCACGGAGAAGACCAUCUUCAUCCUCUUCAUGCUGGCCGUGGCCUGCGUGUCCCUCUUGCUCAACAUGCUGGAGAUCUACCACCUGGGCUGGAAGAAGCUGAAACAGGGCAUGACCGACCCUUACCGCCCGGACACUCCCGGCUCCAGCGUGAGGGCCGCAAAGCCUGCGUGUGAGCGGCCCCUCCUGCUGCCCUCCCACUCCAACCCACCCGCCCUCACCAUCGGGUUCCCGCCCUCCUACGCGCCCUCGGCCUCUUCCCUGGGGCAGGCGUCGGCCCCAGGCUACCCCGAGCCCCCUCCGCCGGCAGCCCUGCCCGGGACCCCCGGCAAGGGCCACCCGGUCGGCUCCCCCGGCGGCCACCAGCACCUGCUCGCGACGGCGCCGAACUGGGCCGGCCGGGAGGCCGAGCAGCAGACUUCUGCCGGGAAGGCCUCCCCGCCGUUGUCCGCGCCCGCAGCCCCGAAGCCCCCGGCCGGCCCCCAGCAGCCCCCUCCGGAGGGCGGGGCGGGGAGCUCGGGCGACAGCGACGGGGAGGGGGCGGUGACUGCCGUGGAGCUGCACGCGCCCCCCGAGCUCCCCGCAGACCCCGGCCGGUCCAGCAAGGCCAGUAAGUCCAGCGGCGGCCGGGCCAGGGCCAGUGACUUGGCCAUCUAG